CAGGGAGUCCACGGCGCUGCCGUGGGGCCUGGCAGGAGCGACGGAGGACCCGGAUGCAGCCCGCCGGACGUGUAGCGCGGGAGCUUGUCCCCGGGACCUGGGAGUUCUGCUCCAGCGUUCCGGACGUAAACCGCAGGCGUCCGGAACUUGGGUUCCGUAUUGUAAAAUGGAAUUGGCCUCCCUUACCCUCCACUGGAGUGAUAGAUCUGUGAACUGAGACAUUUGCAUUGCAGCUGUGAUUAAGGAAUGCCAUCUCAUCACACAGUCACUGAGGAGCCAAACCUUACAACAAGAAGAAGAUGUGUUAUGCGCAGUCCUUUACAGCAAUCACAACCGAAUGGGCCAUCACAAGCCCCAUCUUGCCCUCAAACAGGUUGAACAAUGUUUAAAACGUUUGAAAAACAUGAAUUUGGUGGACUCAAUUGAAGACCUGUAUGGGUUGUGUUCUUCCAAAGAAAAGCCCGUAACUACCACAGCAUGUGCCAUUCCCAGCCAACCAGUGGUGGAGUUGGUGUUGAUGAAGGUCUUGGGUGCCUGCAAGUUGUUACUCCGCUUGUUGGAUUGCUGCUGUAAGGCAUUUCUCUUGACAGUGAAACACCUAGGAUUGGAAGAAUUCAUUAUUUUAAACCUUGUGAUGGUUGGGCUGGUAAGCAGAUUAUGGGUUCUGUACAAAGCUGUUUUAAGAAGAUUGAUGUCUUUAUAUGAGCUAUUAUUUGGAUUGCUACAGGAGAUCUCUAGGAUUCAACCCAUGCCUUACUUCAAAGAUUUCAUUUUCCCUUCUAAUAUUGCUGAAUUUCUAGGACAGCCCUAUCUUGAAAUCUUUAAGAAAAAAAUGCCUAAAGCUUUUUUGAGUAAAGGAGUAAAUAAGUUGCUAGAUAAACUAUUUUUAACAAAAGAAAAAUUACCAAAGUCUGGUGAAGACACUUCACUUAAAAUUUGCAAAACAUCUAAACAAAUGAAAGACAAUAUUCAGGAUAAUGUGGACCUUGGACAGCCAGUAAAGAAGAGUAAGAAAGUUAUUAAAGAAAAUUCAUCAGGAUUUGAUGUGAGGGCUUUCUGCAAACAGCUAAGAAACAAAGCUAUUCAGGAGGCUAGCUCUGAGUUUAAAUAUUCUCAAUCCCAAUUGAAGACAACCAAACAUCCUUCUCCGAAGGUGACAGCAACUCCUCAAGUCAGACGUUUUGUGCAAAGGUUUCGGGAGGCCAGAACUUUCACCCAACUUUCUAAAGAAAUCCAAAUGGCAAUUGCAUGGUGCCGAAGCAAAAAGCAAAAAGUUCAGGCUAUGUAUUUGGGUAACAAACUUCUUAAAAGUAACCGGCUGAAACACGUGGAAGCUCAAGGUUGUAGUUUGCCAAAGAAACUGGAGUGCAUAAAAACAUCCAUCUGCAACUGCCUUCUUCGUGGCACAGGUGUCAACAUUUCAAAGCAUCUUAGACAAAGAAGAUCACAGACUAAAUGUUCACUGAGACAAAGGAAACCACAGAGAAAGUUGCAGCCAACUCUAUUAAAGGAAAUUCAGCAGUUUUCUCAAGGGACUCCACAGACUGCUAAGGACAGCAAUGCUAAGUGGAGAUGCUCACACCUUGCAGUUCAGAGAACUGAUCUCUGUUCCAGCAGUAAGCAGCUCUUGAGUAGCAGAUUUCCAGAUCCCAUCAUGCAGACUAAGGAGAAACAAGUUCAUAGAAAUCUCAUGGGAAACAACAAAAACAAAACUGAUUCAUGGACAAACACUCAAAUAAGCCAACACAGUAUGUCAGGAACUGUUAAAGAAACAGAUGACAUUGAUGACAUUUUUGCUUUAAUGGGAGUUUAAAUGUUCAUAUAGAACAUUAAGAAUUAGUGGGCAGGUUCAUUCAGUGUUCUGCUGUUUUAAUAGGAACUACUGAGGUCUGUGCGCAUCAAAUAGGAGGGCACGUCAGCUCAAUAAACAUUUGCAGUAGCUUUGUGCCACUUAAUAAACUGUGAGUGCCAGGUGUUAAACUUGAUGAAAAGUCCAUCAAA